GCGCAGGGACAGAGAAUAAACUGAGCUCUCUUUCGGACCUGGAGCAGCAGUACCGAGCUUUGCGCAAAUACUACGAGAACUGUGAGGUAGUCAUGGGAAACCUGGAGAUAACCAGCAUCGAGCACAACCGGGACCUCACCUUCCUGCGGUCUGUUCGAGAAGUCACGGGCUACGUGUUAGUGGCUCUAAACCAGUUUCGUUACUUGCCUCUGGAGAAUUUGCGCAUUAUUCGUGGGACAAAACUUUAUGAGGAUCGAUAUGCGUUGGCAAUAUUUUUAAACUACAGAAAAGAUGGGAACGUUGGGCUUCAAGAACUUGGAUUGAAGAACUUGACAGAAAUCCUGCAUGGUGGAGUCUAUGUCGACCAGAACAAAUUCCUUUGCUAUGCUGACACAAUUCAUUGGCAAGAUAUUGUUCGGAAUCCGUGGCCUUCCAACUUGACUCUGGUGUCAACAAAUGGUAGCAAUGGAUGUGGCCGUUGCCAUAAAUCCUGCACCGGCCGAUGCUGGGGACCCACAGAAAACCACUGCCAGACUUUGACCAGGACAGUGUGUGCCGAGCAAUGUGAUGGCAGGUGCUAUGGUCCCUACGUCAGUGACUGCUGCCACCGAGAAUGUGCUGGCGGCUGCGCAGGACCGAAGGACACUGACUGCUUUGCCUGCAUGAAUUUCAACGACAGUGGAGCAUGUGUUACUCAGUGUCCUCAAACAUUUGUCUACAAUCCAACUACCUUUCAACUGGAGCACAAUUUCAAUGCUAAGUACACCUAUGGAGCAUUCUGUGUCAAGAAAUGCCCGCAUAACUUUGUGGUAGAUUCCAGUUCUUGUGUACGUGCCUGUCCUAGUUCCAAAAUGGAAGUAGAAGAGAAUGGGAUUAAAAUGUGUAAGCCUUGCACUGAUAUUUGCCCAAAAGCUUGUGAUGGCAUCGGCACAGGAUCGUUGAUGUCAGCUCAGACUGUGGAUUCCAGCAACAUCGACAAAUUCAUAAACUGCACCAAGAUCAAUGGAAAUUUGAUUUUCCUUGUCACUGGAAUUCAUGGGGACCCUUACAAUGCAAUUGAAGCCAUAGACCCAGAAAAGCUAAGUGUCUUCCGGACAGUCAGAGAGAUAACAGGUUUCUUGAACAUACAGUCAUGGCCUCCAAACAUGACGGACUUCAGUGUUUUUUCGAACUUGGUCACUAUUGGUGGAAGAGUACUCUAUAGUGGCCUCUCCUUGCUCAUCCUCAAGCAGCACAGCAUCACUUCGUUGCAAUUCCAGUCUCUGAAGGAAAUCAGCGCUGGAAACAUCUACAUAACCGACAAUAGCAAUCUGUGCUAUUAUCAUACCAUUAAUUGGACAAUGCUCUUCAGCACAAUCAAUCAAAGAAUCGUAAUCCGGGACAACAGGAAAGCUGACAACUGUACUGCAGAAGGAAUGGUGUGCAACAAUCUGUGCUCCAGUGAUGGCUGCUGGGGACCGGGGCCAGACCAGUGCCUGUCGUGCCGACGUUUCAGUAGGGGACGGACCUGCAUAGAGUCAUGCAACCUCUACGAAGGUGAGUUUCGCGAAUUUGAGAAUGGAUCCAUCUGCGUAGAGUGUGACCCUCAGUGUGAGAAGAUGGAAGAGGGGGUCCUCACGUGCCAUGGACCGGGACCUGACAACUGUACAAAGUGCUCCCAUUUUAAGGAUGGCCCAAACUGUGUAGAAAAAUGUCCAGAUGGCUUACAGGGAGCAAACAGUUUCAUUUUCAAGUAUGCUGAUCAGGAUCGAGAAUGUCACCCAUGCCAUCCAAACUGUACCCAAGGGUGCAUAGGCUCAAGUAUUGAAGACUGCAUUGGCCUGAUGGAUAGGUGUGGCGGUCCCACUAGUCAUGACUGCAUUUACUAUCCAUGGACGGGCCAUUCCACUUUACCACAACAUCCUAGAACGCCCCUGAUCGCAGCUGGCGUCAUCGGCGGGCUCUUCAUCCUGGUCAUCAUGGGCUUGUCCUUUGCAGUGUAUGCCCGAAGGAAGAGCAUCAAAAAGAAAAGGGCUUUAAGAAGAUUCCUGGAAACGGAGUUGGUAGAACCCCUAACUCCCAGUGGCACAGCACCUAAUCAAGCUCAACUUCGGAUCUUGAAAGAAACUGAGCUCAAGAGGGUGAAAGUCCUUGGCUCUGGGGCCUUUGGAACUGUGUAUAAAGGCAUUUGGGUACCAGAAGGAGAAACAGUGAAGAUUCCUGUGGCUAUUAAGAUUCUCAAUGAGACAACUGGCCCUAAAGCUAAUGUGGAGUUUAUGGAUGAAGCUCUGAUCAUGGCAAGUAUGGACCAUCCACACCUAGUCCGAUUACUUGGUGUGUGCCUGAGCCCAACCAUUCAGCUGGUUACUCAGCUUAUGCCCCAUGGCUGCCUCCUGGAUUAUGUCCAUGAACACAAGGAUAACAUUGGUUCACAGCUGCUGCUUAACUGGUGUGUCCAGAUAGCUAAGGGAAUGAUGUAUCUGGAAGAAAGACGGCUUGUUCAUCGGGAUUUGGCAGCACGUAAUGUCUUAGUAAAAUCACCAAAUCAUGUGAAAAUCACAGAUUUUGGACUAGCCAGACUCUUGGAAGGAGAUGAAAAAGAAUAUAAUGCCGACGGAGGGAAGAUGCCAAUUAAAUGGAUGGCUCUGGAAUGUAUACACUAUAGGAAAUUCACCCAUCAGAGUGACGUUUGGAGCUAUGGAGUCACUAUUUGGGAACUGAUGACCUUUGGAGGAAAGCCCUACGAUGGAAUUCCAACUCGAGAAAUCCCUGAUUUAUUAGAAAAAGGAGAACGUUUGCCUCAACCUCCCAUCUGCACCAUCGACGUUUACAUGGUCAUGGUCAAAUGUUGGAUGAUUGAUGCUGACAGCAGACCUAAAUUCAAAGAACUGGCCGCUGAAUUUUCCAGGAUGGCUCGAGACCCUCAAAGAUACCUAGUUAUUCAGGGUGAUGACCGCAUGAAGCUUCCUAGUCCAAAUGACAGCAAGUUCUUCCAGAAUCUACUAGACGAAGAGGAUUUGGAAGACAUGAUGGAUGCUGAGGAGUACCUGGUCCCUCAGGCCUUCAACAUCCCUCCUCCCAUCUAUACUUCCAGAGCCAGAAUUGAUUCAAACAGGAACCAAUUUGUAUACCGAGAUGGGGGCUUCGCUCCAGAACAAAGCAUGCCCGUGCCGUACAGAGCCACAAGCAGCACGAUCCCAGAAGCUCCAGUGACUCCGGGUGCAACAGCUGAGAUGUUUGACGAGUCCUGCUGUAACGGCACUCUGCGUAAGCCAGUGCUACCCCAUGCCCAGGAGGACAGCAGCACCCAGAGGUACAGUGCUGACCCUACCAUGUUUGCCUCGGAACGGAGCCCACGAGGAGACCUCGAUGAGGAAGGUUACAUGACACCCAUGCGAGACAAACCCAAACAAGAAUAUUUGAACCCUGUGGAGGAGAAUCCUUUUGUUUCUCGGAGAAAAACCAGUGAUCUUCAAGCCCUGGAAAAUCCCGACUACCACAACGCUUCCACUGGUCCACCCAAGGCAGAAGAUGAGUAUGUGAAUGAGCCACUGUACCUCAACGCCUUUGCCAAUGCCUUGGGGAACAGCGAACAUCUGAAGAACAACGUACUGUCUGUGCCGGAGAAGGCCAAGAAAGCUUUCGACAACCCUGACUACUGGAACCACAGCCUGCCACCUCGGAGCACCCUUCAGCACCCAGACUACCUGCAGGAGUACAGCACAAAAUAUUUUUAUAAACAGAAUGGACGGAUCCGGCCUAUUGUGGCGGAGAAUCCUGAAUACCUCUCGGAGCUCUCCCUGAAGCCAGGCCCUGUGCUGCCGCCUCCUCCCUACAGACACCGAAAUACUGUGGUGUAAGCUGAGCAGCGAGUUUGAGAUUGAUAGACACACCCGCUCCAAUCUCCUUGCCCCUCUCUUUCUCUAUGGUCUUCCUUCUACAACAAGGCCAGUCGUUUUGACUCUUCCCAGGGGGAGAUGUAAAGUUGCAAUGAUUGCUAUGUGCUAUCUAAGUCAAACUGUAGAAGGAAGGACUAGAAGAGAAAGACAGGCGGGACCACACUGUUUCUUCAUUUCUCUGCAUGGGUUUGUCAGGGGACUGCAACAACUAUCGAAGGGACAGUCCAUGUAAGCCAGCUACCUGCUAUCAAACUACUUCUCAACUUUUCCUUUUCUCUUUUCUUUCUGUUAAGCCCAGGGUUUCUCUUGCUACCCAUUAGAAAGAAUGUGUGUGUAUUCAGGAUCCCUGGAAAUCAUUAUAAGCUCCCACGAGCACAAAAGGAAUACUUUUUCUCUCCUAGGUGAUAGUAACAGAGAUUGAGUAUCUAAUUUCUUUCUCGCACAAUUCUACCCAAGUAAGAAAAGCCAAGUCCACUUUCACCAUUUUGAAUUGCCAUCAGAAGACUUAGUAGACAUUAAGUUUGGCAAUUUCUUUAUCCUUUUUUUGCUUUGGCCUAUCCAAUUUCUGCUUGAGUCUUUAAUUUCUAAUUGGAAAUAUUUUUGCAUCAAACUUUCUCAUGUGUUGAUAGAAUCAACAGAACUCAAACAAAAAUGUCAUAACAUGACGAAAAAGCCAAUGCUGUCAACAUGCAGCUUUGGACAUUAAAUGGGGAGGCCAAGAUAUUAGUCAAUUGCAACAUCAAACUUAGCUUCCAUGCCUUACAAUAUUAAACAGAUACCCCCCUCAA